AUGGAUGGGUUGCAGUGGCGGAGUUUGGCACCGCUUCCAAAACUCCUGCUGCAGCAUGACGGCAACCCCUCCCUAGGGCAGGGCGAGGAGCAUGCCCAACUACUACAGGCCCUGGAAUCUGGAUCUGUUAGCCUGGUUCUGGGCCCCAGCCAGACCGCAGAGGGGAGCGUGCUGGUGGCGGGGCUUGGUCAGAGGCUGGUCGUCCUGGGGCUGGGCGACGGUGCCCACGACCUCGCCUUUGACACCGUGCUGACUGAGUCCGAGAGAAUCACCAGCCUCGCAGUGAUGGAGAGGGACCCCGGCGCCAAGAGCACGCAGCCGGCCGCCAUCCUGGUGGGCACCUCGGCCGGCUUCCUGCAACUGCACUCCCCGGACGCCCGGCUGGUGCUGCGCCAGGCCCUCCACGACAGAGCCCUGCUCAGCCUCAGCGCCAGGUCCUGCGAUGCUGGGGCCGGGGUGCCCCAUGCUCUGGCCACCUUUGAGAAUGCGGUGGCGCGCGUGGCGGGGUGGGACGUGGCAGCCGCCAUGCAGUGGCGCGCCCGGUCCUGGUCGGUGGCCGGCUGGGGCGGCGGGUCGGAGCCCCCCGCCCUGGACGUCGCCAAGUGGACCCUGGGCCGCGGGGUCGGUCCACGUGCUGCGGCGCUUGGGCAGUGGGCGCUGGGGUGCGACAGCCUCGGGCGGGUGCUGCUGAUCGACGUGGCCACGAGCCUGGUGGUGGUCAUGCUCAAGGGCUACCGCGCGGCCCAGGCCGCGUGGAUGGAGUGGCCGGCGGGGGGGGUCAGGGGGCCCGCCCCAGGGUCCAGCGUCCCCGUCAUCUAUGCGCCACGCAAGGGGGUGCUGGAGGUCUGGGCCCCAGACCUCCGUACCCGGCUGGCGGUGCUGAGGGGGGUGGGGCCGCGCGGCGUGCUGCUGAGCCCGCGCCCGCGGGGUGCCGCCCUGUGGUUUGCCGACCUGGACGCGCUGCGGUGCGCCGACGUGGCGCCGGCCCUGGUGUCGGCCGCGCCGUGUGGUUGA